AUGUCAAAAAAAGUUGAUAUUAUUGCAAUUUUAAGUCAAAAUUAUCGAGAAUGUCAUGAAAUCAUCAUGAACAUACUCAAAAAUGAUUUACACACAUUAUAUUCAUGCAUCCGCGUAAAUAGAUCAUUUUGUAGAAUUUUUAUUCCAAUCCUUUGGAGAAACCCUUUUAAAUUCAUUAAGAAAGAUAAAAAAUUAGUUCAAUUAUUUAACACGCUGGUUCGUUGUCUUGACCCAUCAAUAAAAGCUUAUUUGAAACUUGUAGGUUCGACAUUUUUCAAGUAUCACACGUAUAUUAAAGAGUUUGAAUUGAACCCUUUGCAAAGAGCGAUGGAACUUUGGACCUCAGCAAAUCUGUUAAAAGAACCAAAUGACAGUCGAUCCAUCAGGAGGACUUUUAAUUUUAAUCAUUAUAUCGGGAAUUUACUCUUUAGCAAGGAGAAUAAAUAUCAUUCGCUUGAUGUUUUUUACACCGAAUUAUUAAGUGGACCAAGUUCCUUGUUUGACAUUUGUGAAUUUAGGAAUCAUAAAUCAAGUUUAAUCAAUGUCAACAGAUUGUCAUUGGGAUUUUUUAAUAGGAGUAGUAUGAGUUUAAUACCGUUAAUUACUACGAAUUUUCUAAACCUUCAAAAUUCAUUAUCACCAUAUCUUCAACAUUUACAUAUUUUUAUUAAUACGACAAAGUAUCAUCCCGAAUUUUCAAAAAAUCUAGUUGAUUUCAUUCAAUCCCAACGACAUUUAAAAUCUUUAAUAACAAACGUUAGCUUGAUUCCUGAAGCUUUUCUUAACGCAUCAAAAUCUUUAACAUUUUUGAGAUUAGUAAAUUUUAAAAUUUAUACCACGGCACUUUUAUCCAUAUUAAAUUCUUUACCAAAUUUAAUCACACUCGAACUUAACCUGGUCCCUAUGAAUUCUGAUGGGGAUGAUUCACAAAAAAUUUCAACCCUUCCAACGUCCCUAUUUAAUAAUUUAAAACACCUAAAUUAUAAUUAUCGUAUCACCUUCCUUUCCAAAAAUUCAAGAGCACUCCUUAAACGACUCCUUUCAUCAACGAAUAAUAAUUUGAAAUCCCUUAAAAUUAAAGAUAUUUAUUGUCCUUUAAUUAGGGAAGUUCAAGAACAAAGUCAUUUAAAUUUAACUCAUUUUCAUUUGGUUAUAGAUCACGAUUAUGCUUUGGUGGAUUUAAUAGUUUUAUUAAAGGACCUACAUCAAUUGGUACAUUUAAAAUUAAAUACCAUCUCGGAUCGAUAUUAUUUAUCGGAAUGUGGUCAUUUAUUUAGAGAGUUCACUCAAUCGCUUGCUCGUUCUUUAAAAAUUCUCGAAGUCAAUUUUGCCAUGGUGGAUAAAAAUUUAAGAAUUUUACUUAAUGAAUCAAAAUUUAAUAUUCAAUGCGUCAAGUUUUAUCGUUACGAAGCUUACAAAGAUACUUCAUUGAGAAUUCUUAUUGAUUACGCAAAGAGAAAAAAGUGUCUGAAAGAAAUCGGAAUUCCUUAUUUCACAAGAGCAUCUUACCUUUCAAAAGAAUGUGUAAAGGAAGCAAAAAAUCAUUUUAACAUAACGAUGUGCCGAUUAAAACUUCGAAUUGGAACUAUCGAACAUAACAAUCCUCUCUGUGAAAAUUGUAGUUUAAAAAAAGAUACCUAUUAUGAAUGUAUAAAAACCCUAUCUCCCAAAAACCUUUUCUUUUUCCAAUAA